UUCUGACAACUCCUCUACAGAGGAGCAUUCCUGUCCUUUGAUCUCUGGACUUGCCGGUGGUUUUGCCACAGCUUGCUUCUCCAGAUUUGCAAUUCUUGGCUGUUUCUGAAUGAACCCGUCUUUGCUGGUAAAAUAACUGACAGUUUUAUUUUUAAGGUUAAUGGUAGGAAAUUUUCAUGAGAGGUAAAAAACAGUUGCCAAUGUGAUAAAGUUAAGUUUAGAAUACGUUCUGACCUUCAGCUGCUUAGUGCUUUACUGAUUAAGUGUGGUACAAACAUCUUAUGUUAGAGAACUAGAUUGAUUGAUUUUAUCCUCAAAAUCCAUGGAUUUAUUUUGAGAAAAAGAGUGAAGUUAUUUCAAAAAUGGAUCUGUGAUAUAAUUUCUAAUAAAAGUCAUCAGCAAUCCCAAAUGACCUCUCGGGAAGUUGAUAAAUUACAGAAGAGACUACUAGCUCUUGGGGCUCUGGAGAUCCUGAGUGGAGCAACAAUUCUGGUUGUAGGUGUUUUUCUAGGUGCCAUACAAGGCAUAUUCCAACUCUUUGAGCAGUACUCUUACUUCACCUUGUACACAGGCUAUCCGAUAUGGGGCCCUCUGUUCUUUAUUUUUUCUGGAUCCUCAUCUAUUGCAGCUGGGAAACACCAUGAAAUAGAUUUGAUCCGCAAGCAUGUUUGGAUAGACAUCGUCAGUGCUAUAAUGGCAGUAGUUGGGUUUGUUUUGCUCGCAAUAAAUUUAGCACAUAAUAACGAGGUACAGAAGAAUUGCUCACUCUCAGAAUCAGCGGACUUAUGCCUUUACAUAACCACUUCAAACAAUGGCCUGUUGUCUAUAAUGCUGAUCUUUACCUUGAUGGAAUCCUGUGUGGCCAUCUCAAUGACAAUCAUGUGGUGUAAAAGAAAACUAUCGGAAUCAUCACAGGUGACUUCUUCACCUCCCAAUCAUGCGGAGUCAGGAACACCUACUGAUGAUGGAAUACGUGAAAGCCAGGAAAAUCAAUCUCCAACUUCCAGGGAGCAAUAACGUCAUCCAUGAACUCAGGAGAGCAUGGCCCAGGAAAUGCAAUCCUGGCACCAACCUUCAGAAACUUGGACAUUUGACUGAAUCCUUUCUGUUCUAACUCUUAGUCCCAUUAUCAUGUCCUGGAUAUGGAAGGACAAACAUGCUUCUUUAAGCAUUACUGGUUUUGUAACUUCUAGAAUCACACUUCAAAGUUGUCCCCAGAAAUAGCUUCUCUUUCUUCCUACCCACUUACUUCUUUGUUCCAUAGGUUUAAAGAAGGUAGGCAGAACAAUCCAUAUCUCGUGUAUUCUCUCUAAAAUACCACUUCCAAAUACCCACUGAGAAAGCAAAUGGAUCAUUUUUCUUUAUUAAAGAAAAAUGCUUCUUGGCUGUAGCUGACAACAAUGUUGCAAAUACAGUCAAACAAAAAAUCAUCACCGUCAAGAUGAAUUUUCCCUCUAUUUGAGGUCGGGGGGUCAAGCCUCACAGGAGUGAUUUCAAUCAACUGCUCAGAUUCACAUGUGCCAUAGUUAAUGAUGUAGUGAUGCAUAUUAAUGUGUAGACUGGGGACUUUGGAGCAAGAUCAACAUUUGUUCUUUGAAGGAUGAUGAGAAGUAGAGAGAAGUACUGAAUAAGGCGUUGGGACUAUCACAGAUAUGGUUUUAGAUUCUGAUACUGUCACUUAUUACCUGUGUGCAUUUGAGCAAGUUACCCAACCUCUCUGACCUGUAUUUGCUCAUCUGCAAAAUAGGUGUAAUGUCAGCCUCCUCCUCAGGUGUCAUGAAGGGUAAGUAGAGGCACAGUGAAUGUGAGGGGCACCCACCCCACCUGCUCACUGAUGCUGUCUUGCUGGUCCUGCUGGGGCAGGUGAGGCUGAGGUGGGACGUGCCCGUGAGCAGGCAGAAUGACAGCCCCUUCUGCCUCCACGGUGGCCCCUUCUACACCCUCCUGUGACAUCAGUGGCCAUCUUUUCAUGGUGGUGAUUUGAUGUUAAACUCCUUCUGGUACAUCCGGAUUGAUUUAUAAGUAUACUGCUGAAGUUCUUAUAUUUCUGAUUUAUAACUCCCCCCUCCUGACACUAAACUGAGUCCUCCACAAUGUCUAAAGUUCAUCCCAUAAGUUACUCUUAGUUCUUUGAGCACAGAUUCUUCCACACUUCUCUCUAGUAAUUCUUGCCUCUCUUCCUCCAAACACACACACACACACACACACACACACACACACACACACACACACACACAUUUUAUUUGUUUGCUCAUCCAUUCAGCAUCAUUCAGGGAGGGCCUCCCCUGUGCCAUGGGCUCUGCUGGGAGUUGGCAUGUGACAGAGAACGAUGCCUCGCCUCUGCUCUCAAGCUGCUCCUUGUGGGAGACACAGACCCCUGUCUACAGAAGUUACAGAAAACCUAUAAUUACAACAUGGAGUGAUAGGAUUAUGAUAGGAAGAAUAGAAAUCUUUGGACACACAUGGAAAGGGAUUCUAUCCUAAUUAGAUGGGAUGUCUAUGAAAUCCUUGGUUUAGUAACUUUUUUAGAAGACUUUUCUUCUGUACUGAGAGGUCUCAGAGUAGACUGGGAGUGAGAUGAUUAAGAAGAAAAGAAAGAAGCGGGGAGACAUGCAAGUGUCUAACUAGGGGGUUUGGAAUGUUCAGGAACUAAUUAGAGAGUUUAGUGUGUCUGGCUUUCAUAUGGGAGGAUAUAAUUUUGGAGAGAGAAGUGGACAUAUCGCAGGAGAUUAUAGGGCAGCAACUCUGUGAGUCUUAAGGAGCAAUUGAAAAUUUAUGGAGUGGUGUUGAACGGACAUUGGCUUGUGAGAACUGAUUUUAAAUUUUACAUGAAAGACACGUCAGUACAUUGUCGGGAGCUUGAAAUUGGCUACAGUGGGAGUAUUUACACCUCAGAGAUUGUCCAAAGAAACUAUCACAUUACCACUUUCUCCCCCUCCCUCCAUCUGUGGAAAGUCUGUUAUUAAUUAUCUACUAGCACUGCCACUGGAGAAGUAAGACAGGUCUAUACUUUAUGAAAUUCAGAAAUAUCAUUCCAGUUGCAAUGCAGAGUGUUUUGGAAGGAAUAAAUGCAAAGAAGAAAGUUAGUUAUAAGUAGCAUAGUAAUAUUUGUAUUAUCAUCUUCCUCACUAUUAAGCUC